AUGGCUACCAGUGCUGUGCACAAGUUCCGUCCGGUGGUGGUGUCCGGCCCCUCAGGUACAGGAAAAUCGACUCUGCUGAAGCGACUAUUUGCGGAGAUUCCUGAUCGCUUCGGCUUUUCCAUCUCGCAUACCACUCGUGCUCCUAGGCCGGGUGAGCAGGAUGGCCGCGAAUACUAUUUCACGACAAAGGAGGACUUCUUAGAUCUUGUGAGCAAGAACGGCUUCAUCGAGCAUGCGCAGUUCGGCGGAAACUACUACGGCACUAGUGUGCAAGCGGUCAAGAACAUUGCGGAGCAGGGCCGGAUCUGUAUCCUUGAUAUUGAGAUGGAGGGAGUCAAGCAGGUGAAGCGUACCGAUCUUAACGCCCGUUUCCUGUUCCUGGCGCCCCCCUCGGUGGAGGAGCUGGAGAAGAGAUUGCGCGGGAGAGGCACGGAGACUGAGGAGAGCCUGACCAAGCGUCUCGCACAAGCCAAGAACGAGCUCGAAUAUGCCAAGGACCCGCGGGCUCACGAUAAGAUCGUUGUUAAUGACGAUUUGGAGAAGGCAUAUACGGAGUUGAGGGAUUGGAUUGUUGACGGUGGAAACUUCGGUGCGUCGCAAUAG